AUGAGCUAUCUAAUUUAAAACAUCUUAAUGUCGAAAUUUUAAAUACAAUUGUUUCUCAGUCAUUAAUUAGCCAUAUUAAUAGAACUUUACUAAAUGUGUUCUAAGAUAUUAAAUAAUUAACAAUUUCCUAAAAUAAAUAUAAAAUACAAUUAGAAAGUUUUGAUGAAGAUACUAAAAACUAUAAAUUUGUUUAUGAUUCUUUUAAAAAUGAGAAAUUUUUAAAUUAAAUCUAAGAAUUAAGCUUCUACUAAAAAUAGAAUUAAUACUUUAAAAAACUAUAAUUAUCAGAAUUAAGUAACAUUUAAUAUGCUCAUUUACCAAAAAAUAUUUCUUUAGAUGAAGUUUAUAUUGAGUAAACUAUCAAUUAGGAUUCUUUAAAUGGUUUAGCAAAAUACUUGA